GCGAUGUUCCUCGCAUUCCCCCUUUUGGGGGCUCUGGUAGCCACCACCCUCGCCCUCGACUUCAGCCCUUUGGUGCAACGGGUACCACACCUGCGCGAGCUCCAGCAGCAAUCUUCCAAGCAAGAUUCCGCGACCUUUCCUGUGUACAACCUCUCCGUGCCGGUGGACCACUUCCACAACGAAACCCGCUAUGAGCCACACAGCAAUGACUCGUUCGACCUGCGUUACUGGCUUGACACCAGCCACUAUGAACCUGGAGGUCCGGUGUUUGUCAUCGCAGCGGGUGAAACGGACGGAAGCGACCGGAUCCCAUUUCUGUCACAGGGCAUCGUCACCCAACUAGCGUCCGCCUACCACGGCAUCGGCCUCAUCCUCGAGCACCGCUACUACGGCGAGAGCUACCCGUUUACCAACCUCACGACGGAAAACAUCCGCUUCCUGACGACCGAGCAGGCGCUCGCCGACUACGCCUAUUUUGCCUCGAAUGUCGUCUUUCCAGGUCUCGAGGGUCUCGAUCUCACCGCUGCCACUACUCCCUGGAUUGCGUACGGGGGCUCCUACGCGGGCGCUUUCGUCGCCUUCCUGCGCAAGAUCUACCCGGAUCUCUACUGGGGCGCGGUCUCCUCGUCCGGAGUCACGGAAGCGAUCAUUGACUUCUGGGAGUAUUACGAGCCGAUCCGGCUGUUCGGUCCGUCGCAGUGCAUCUCUACCCAGCAGACCUUCAUCGAUGUGGUGGACCGGAUCUUGAUCGACCACGCUGACAACUUGACUCUUGCCGCGCAGCUCAAGUCCGCGUUUGGUGGUAACGCGCCCAAUCUCAGCAACCAGGACUUCGUUUCGUACCUCUCUUAUGGGCUUGAUUCAUUCCAGUCCCGCAACUGGGACAAGGCCGUUGGAACCCCCCUGUUCCGCAGCUUUUGCAACAAUAUCACUGACUCGCGCGUUCUAUACCCCGACACCGCCGAGAAAAUCUCCGCGCCUGUGAAAGAAUUGAUCCAAGCAGCAGGCUACAACCCUUCAAACACAACUCUCGUCACCAGCUUCCUGAACUGGAUCGGCUUUUUCAACAUCUCGGGUGUGUACGCUGGCACACCAUCUACGGAGUCCUCAUCUUCCGCGGGUAAUUUUACCUCCCCACAACCCCUCAACAAAGAUUCUGGCACUAGCUGGGGCUACCAAGUCUGCGUUGAAUGGGGCUACUUCACCACGGGCUCAUCCGUCCCAUCGACAAUCAAACCACUCAUUUCGCGUCUCCUCGACUUGCCAUAUCUGUCCUCGUUCUGCGCGAACCAGUUCGGAAUCCCCACCGCGCCGGAUGUGGAUCGGAUCAAUCAAUACGGCGGUUUCAACUUCUCCUACCCCAGGGUUGCCAUUAUCGGCGGACUCGCGGAUCCGUGGCGCGAUGCGACACCCCUAGCGGAUGGUGUGGACUGGAAGGAUCGGGAUUCGACGAACAGUGAACCGGUCAUUCUGGUGGAUGUCCCCGCGGCAGAUGUGUGGGAUAAUGUGCGGGGUGCCGUGCACCAUUGGGAUCAGAAUGGACUGUCGGAGCAGGAAAUUGAGGACGGCCAGAAGCCCCCGGAUGAGAUUAUAAGCGUGCAGAAGAAAGUUGUGAGGUUUGUGGGCGCGUGGUUGGAUGAGUGGGAUGACGAGAAAUCGUCUGACGCAUACGAGAGCCGGGAUCAGUCUAUCCUUACGUGAUAUUCGUAGCGAAUUGCGAGUUUGCUUCAAUCCAUUACAUAUAAAAUUCAUAGACAAAUAGAUCGCUAUACAUGAC